AUGUUCCAUCUGUUGAGUUUGAUUCGACCUGAGCAUCAUGAACUCCCAGAUAUGGGAGGACAUCUGGAUCGGUUCGGCGAUUAUGCUACGAACCUCGAGUUUGCAAAGGCUCGAAAGCUCCAGCGAAACUUACUGACACGGAAGUUCAAAUCCAUCCCUGGUCUCCCAACAGCUGCCUAG